GUUCCAUGGUAAAGUCUAACCUAAUUCCCUCUUCUCUUGAUUGUAGGCUCUUCAGCUGAGGCACUUGUCAGUCUGAAAGAGGGCAGUCUGUCAAAUACUUUGAAUGAGAAGCAAACAAAAGCUCACAACACGAGAGGACGACACACCCUGGUGUCCAUGGAAACGCCGACGCGGAGCUCCAAGAGUAGCAGACUGUUCGGGGAAGAGGAGGAACAGUGCCUCCCAUCCAGAUCCCCUAGAAGGAGCCAAAGGGUCACCUCUGUGCCCCAGAAGUUUACUAAUGUGACAACCCCAGAUAAGAAAGUGUCUCAGAGAAUUGGUCUGCGAUUGAGAAACCUCCUCAAACUGCCAAAAGCACACAAAUGGUGCAUCUACGAGUGGUUUUACUCUAACAUAGACAGACCUUUAUUUGAAGGAGACAAUGACUUCUGCCUGUGUUUGAAAGAGUCCUUUCCUAACCUGAAGACCAGGAAGUUGAUCCGUGUGGAGUGGGGGACAAUCAGGAGACUGAUGGGAAAACCCAGACGGUGUUCAUCUGCAUUCUUUUCGGAGGAGCGGACUGCACUGAGGCAGAAGAGGCAGAAGAUGCGUCUGCUGCAGCAGAGAAAGCUUGCCGACGUGUCACACUGCAAAGACCUCCCCGAUGAGAUUCCCCUGCUGCUUGUCAUAGGAACCAAAGUCACUGCUCGUCUCAGGGGAGUCCAUGACGGCCUGUUCACUGGGCAGAUUGAUGCUGUGGAUACAGGCGCUGACACUUACCGUGUGACCUUUGACCGGAAUGGGCUGGGCACACACACUGUGCCUGACUACGAAGUGUUGAGUAACGAGCCUAACGAGACCAUGCCCAUCUCAGCCUUUGCCCAGAAACAGAGACCCUCCCGCUUCCAGAACUUCAUGACCCCACCUAGGGAAACGUACCCCUCUGCCACCACACCCAUCCUCAUGGACAAUGACCCCCUCAUCAGCCAGUCUCCAUGGAAAAGCAAACUCUCCGGAGCUGAAGGGGGUACACUCGGCGGAUUCCCUGUCAAGUUCCUCGUUCAAGUGACGAGGCUUUCCAAGAUCCUUAUGAUCAAGAAGGAACACAUCAAGCACUUGAAAGAUAUGAACUCAGAGGCUGAAAAACUGAAGUCAUACUCAAUGCCUAUAGACCUGGAGUUCCAGAAGCGUUAUGCCACCACAGUCCUGGAGCUGGAGCAGCUCAAUAAGGACCUGAACAAGGUGCUGCACGAGGUCCAGCAGUUCUGCUGCAAGCUGGCCCCAGAUCAGGGCAUGGCGCCUGCAGACCGGCCCACAGAGCUGCGUCAGCACUGUGAGGAAGAGGCCAAGGAGAUAGUGCAGCAGACCAACUCCCUCCGCGACGACCAGCAGUGUGUUUCUAACUCCAGCCUCACACACCUCAUCUCAGGCCUCACCGCCUUGUUGCUUCAGAUCAAGUGUCUGGCUGAGGGAGGAGACCUGAACUCCUUUGAAUUUAAAUCACUGACGGACUCUCUGAAUGACAUAAAGAGCUCAAUAGACCCCUCCAACCUCAGUUGCUUCCAGAACAACGUAGAGAUCCACGUAGCACACAUCCAGAGUGGCCUGAGUCAGCUGGGAAACCUGCAUGCCUUUGCAGCCAACAACACCAACACGGUCUGAAGCCGGCAUCAUUACCACACACCGAGAGCAGCCUGGUCAGCACCAACUAAGUGGAACAUACACACACACACACCAUCUCGAAUGACUGAAAGAAAAUAUGUCCUUUGUGGAUCCCCUAACUUCCCUCCAAGAAAGGCCCCACUGAAAUGAUCUGGUUCAACAUGAAUUUUUUAGGUUGUGGGGAAAUAUCAGUCUGUCGUCCACUUUUAUCAGUCUGUCGUCCACUUUUAUUGUGGAUGUCUUUUGAAAAUGAUUUGUUUACUAUAAUGAAAACUGACAUUUUAAUGUCAAAAAAUUGCCCUGGUCUCUAAACUAGAUUUUGGUCAUUGCGGGAAUUCACGUACAUUUCCUGUUGUAGAUGAUUCUAUAGUCUCAUGUACGUUAAACAGUUUCUAUAAUAAUCCAUAUUUAUUUAUUUAUUUUUGAGUGAUAUAACAAUUGGAGCUUCCCUUUGAGUCAAUGUUUUGUGUUCCUUUACUCAACUGGUAGUAAGCACAGGGGAGGCUAAAGAAUGUUUUGUACAUUUUCUUUAUUGUGGAUAUAUGUAGAAUGCCUUUAUGAUUACUAGGAUUUAUCAUCAACAUUUCUGUAACAUACUCAAAGAUGGCUUUUGUAAUUUUGUGUGCACUGAAGAGAUUUUUGUAAUAGGAGGUUUGACAGUCUCGAACAGGACAUUGCUGUUGCUGAAAGCUCACAUCAGGCCUACAUCACUGAUGUAACCAAAUUUCAAACACAAAACUGAGUUGGUAAAGUUUGUUACCAGAAUUUCUCCAUUUCAUAAUUGGUUGUGUAAAUCUGUAUAUGGGAAUGCCCCAGGGCAAUUGUAAAUAUUCCUUGCUGUCAUUUUGUAUUAAACAUAUAGCAAAGCAAACCGAUUACAUGCAUUUGUACACAGUGCUGGUACAUUAAAUGUCGUAUAUAUUUUAUUUUGCAUGUUUGCAAACGAAGAUAAUUAAAAUAUUUAUUUAAA